AUGCCGGCUGAUCGUACUCCACCGAAAGGUGGAGGCCUACAACAACUUAAUCAAGAGCAAGAAAUACAACAGCAAGAGCAGCAACAUAAAACACAAAAGCAAACUUUACAAAGUCAGCAACAACAGGAACAAAAAUCGAAAUUGUGUCCACAUUCAUUGACUUCUGUACCAUCUCUAUCACCUCAACCCUGGAGUGUUCAAUGUAAAACGCCUAACUCCGGGAAAAAUGUCGGACUUCCAAAUAAACCAAUCAAAGUACAAACAGGAAUUGAACGAUAUACUGAAAUAGUUAAGCGAAAACUUAGCCCACAAAAAAACGCAAACAAUCGUGACAAAAUUCAAAAAGUUAACAACAAUAAUUAUAACAAUUAUAACAACAGAUUCAAAGCACUGAGUGAUGUAAGCGAAAACAUAGAAGAGAUCAAAAAUAAAAUUGUUAAACCACCGCCUAUCUAUGUAAGAGAAAAAAACUCUAGUGAUUUAGUUAAUUCACUUUCAAAUUUAAUAGGUAAAAAAAAUUUCUUUGUUGUACCUAUUAAAAAGGGCAUGAUUAAUGAAACCAAGGUACAAGUUUCAAGUGAAGAUCAGUUUCGUAAAGUAAUUGCUGAAUUAGAGAUAAAAUCGAAACAAUUUUAUACAAAAAUUACUAUAGAGGAACCACACAAGCGUAAUUUUCCAGUACAGUGCUUCAACUGCCAGGAAUAUGGACACACCAAGUCAUACUGUAAACUUGCUAAAGUUUGUGUUAUUUGUGCCAAAAUCCAUAGCUCAGAUAAAUGUCCUGAAAGCAAAGAAAACCCAGCAGUUAGAAAAUGCUCAAACUGCGGUGAUAGCCACACAGCAAACUACAGAGGAUGUCCAGUUUUCACUGCUCUAAGACUAAAAUUAAACGUUGCCCAAAGACAGCGCACCCCACAGCUUAAUCUGCCAAACUUCAUAACAUCUCAUUUCCCGCCCCUUCCACAGAACACUAGUCCUACAUUGCAACCACCGGCUCCACCAAUGCAGCAAAUGACGUACGCAAAUGCCACUAAACAAAUUCCACUUCUUACCAAUAGCUCCACUGUUGUUCCAGGCUUUGAAGCAAUGCUCGCAAGUUUUACCCAAAAAAUUGAACACUUCAUGGACUUCAUGCAAAAUAUGAUGAAUAGCUUGAUGCAAAGCAUGAUACAAAACCAAAGUUUGAUUGCUGAGUUGGUAAAACCCAAAUGA